GUGUUCAAACGCUUCGUCGAGAUCGGCAGAGUUGCUUUCAUUUCCUUUGGGCCACAUGCUGGCAAGCUGGUGGCCAUUGUGGAUGUUAUUGACCAAAAUAGGGCACUAGUUGAUGGCCCCUGCAGUGGUGUCAGAAGGCAGGCUAUGCCCUUCAAGUGCAUGCAGUUGACUGACUUUGUUCUCAAGUUUCCACACAGUGCUCGUCAAAAGUGUGUACGAGUUGCCUGGGAGAAGGAAAAUAUAAAUGAAAAAUGGGCAGCAACAAGAUGGGCAAAGAAGAUCGAAGCCCGAGAAAAGAAAGCCAAAAUGACUGACUUUGAUCGCUACAAGGUUAUGAAAGCAAAGAGAAUGAGGAACAGAAUCAUCAAGCAUGAAAUGAAAAAGCUCCAGAAAAUGGCUUCUAAUAAAGGCAAGAAGACGGAGAAGGCGCCAAAGACAGAAAAAGUGCCGAAGAAGGAGAAGGCGCCAAAGAAGGAGAAGGCGCCAAAAUCUGAGAAGGCACCAAAAUUGGAGAAGGCGCCAAAGGUCCAGCGGCUGUGGCGAAGGACAGGGCUGAAGCCCCCCACCCCAGUGGCCCUCGGGCUGCUGCUGGCCCUGGCACUGCUGGCCCUUGCCCACUUGACUCCACCACUGGACCAUUCUCCCCAGCUUCUGCCAACAUCAUCUCCCCCAGGUUCCCGGCAGGAGGUGGAUGCUCUUCUAUCCAGGCGACGAGCCUGCAGCAAAAGUCUCCCUGUGCCCCCCACUCGCCUGAAUUACACUGACGGCUCCCUGCGACCCAUCAUUUGGUGGGCACCUGACCUCUGGCACCUGGAGGACGCCAACAAUGACCAGAACUCCUGCACCCUGGGUUGGCUGCAGUACCAGGAAAUGCUGCGGUCCCACAGCCCAAUGCUGAUGGCCGGGAGUGCUCCCUGCUCCAGCAUCCCACGGGGCGAGUGGAGCCGCCUGGCCCUUUUCGACUUUCUCCUCCAG